GUCGAAUUUGUCCUUAACCAUAUGGUUAGUGGCACAUCUCUGUCACAGCGUAUUGAAAAUUAUUUUUCUCCAAUUAUAGAGGCAAUGCAAGUAUGCAAGUUUGACUUUUCUAGGUAGCAAGUUUUUCUCACUUUGAUUUGAAAGAAACACGUCUCAACUCUCAAGUUAUGAAGUCUUGAAGGCCUUAAGAUCAAAGCCAACCAAAUUUCAGUACUAAAGUUGAAAAUUCAAACCAAUAUACAUUUCUCCAAGUUUGCACAUACCCCACUUGGACUUCAUUGUAAGUGCUGUGCUGCCACUUGACAUCACUUCACAAGUCAAGAAACAUUAUCUGCAACCUCAAACUCUCUAAGUUUCUACCUGUGUAAGCAAGCAGAAAGAAAAAAACUAAUGGCAGUUGGGUUGGCUAUAACAACUGAAAGUGAAAAAAACAAUGGUAAGAUAACCCUUUAUGUUGUCCUGUCUUGUAUGAUGGCUGCCAUGGGAGGGAUCAUCUUUGGCUAUGACAUUGGAAUAACGGGUGGAGUGACCUCAAUGGAGCCAUUUCUGAAGAAGUUCUUCCACAAAGUGUACCUUAAGAAAGCCGAUGUCAAAGUUAGCAACUACUGUGUAUUUGACAGCCAACUAUUGACCUCUUUUACAUCCUCUCUUUAUGUUGCUGGUCUUGUUACUUCCUUCUUUGCUUCUUAUAUCACCAAAGCCUUUGGCCGAAAGCCGUCCAUCGUGGCUGGCGGCGCUGCAUUCCUUGCCGGUACAGCACUUGGAGGUGCAGCUUUUAAUGUGUACAUGCUCAUAGUUGGUAGACUUUUGCUUGGAGUUGGGGUUGGUUUUGCAAACCAGGCAGUUCCUUUGUAUCUCUCUGAAAUGGCUCUACCGCGGCUAAGAGGGGCAAUUAACAACGGCUUCCAAUUAAGCAUAGGCAUUGGUGCUCUAUCUGCCAAUCUAAUCAACUAUGGAACAGAGAAGAUUGAAGGUGGUUGGGGUUGGCGCAUGUCCUUAGCCAUGGCAGCAGUUCCAGCCUCAGUGCUCACACUAGGUUCACUUUUCCUCCCUGAAACUCCCAACAGCUUAAUCCAACGCAGCCAUGAUCAUCAUAAGGCCAAGCUUGUGCUUCAGCGAAUUCGAGGCACGGAAGAUGUGCAAGAAGAACUUGAUGACCUCAUUAAAGCAAGUUCUCCUUCUAAAACCAACAAGAAACAAUCAUUUAAGCUCAUUUUCAAACAAAGAUAUAGGCCUCAGCUUGUGAUGGCAAUAGUAAUACCAUUUUUCCAGCAAGUGACAGGGAUCAAUGUCAUUGCCUUCUAUGCCCCUUUACUUUUUAGGACAAUCGGGUUAGGAGAAAGUGCAUCACUGUUGUCAGCUGUGAUGACAGGAGUUGUAGGAACUGGCUCAACCUUCAUAUCAAUGUUCAUAGUGGAUAAACUUGGAAGGAGAACCUUGUUUAUGAUUGGGGGCAUUCAAAUGUUUGUAUCACAGUGCAUAGUUGGAGGCAUACUGGCACUUCAUCUCAAAGAUCAUGGUGGAUUAAGCAAAGGGUAUGCUAGUGUGGUUUUGGUUAUGAUAGGCAUUUAUGUUGCUGGGUUUGGAUGGUCAUGGGGGCCACUAGGUUGGUUAGUACCAAGUGAGAUUUUUCCUUUGGAAAUUAGAUCAGUAGGGCAAAGCAUCACAGUGGCAGUGAGCUUUAUCUUCACUUUCAUUGUUGCUCAGACUUUUCUGUCCAUGCUUUGCCACUUCAGGUCUGGGAUUUUCUUCUUCUUUGGAGGUUGGGUGGUGGUGAUGACUAUGUUUGUGUACUAUUUCCUGCCAGAGACCAAAAAUGUGCCCCUUGAACAGAUGGAGAGAGUGUGGCAAGAGCAUUGGUUUUGGAAGAGAAUAGUGUGAAAUGAGUGAUAGACAGCAUAAAGGAGAGGUUGAAUAUGAUGCUUCAAGGAAGAUUUAAAUCAAAUGUUAUACGAAUGGUAGCACAACCAUUUGUCUCUUACCUUGAUCAUAAAUGCAAUGAGUUUUUUUUCUGAUUGAAAAACUAGAUUUUAAAUAUAUACGCUGACAAGUGUUUGGGGAAAGAGAGAGAAAAUCGACCAUCGGAAAAUUAGAUGGACAAACUUCCAAAUAGCAAGACCUUAAUGGAACAAAUUAUCACUCUUGAACUGGAAUGUAUUUUGACCUUUAGUCAUUUUCGUGAGAAUAGCUUAAUUUCUUAUUUUACAUUUUUAUUUGACUGACCAGUGUGAAUAUUUCAAGUAAAAUAGAAUACUAAGAAUAGAAACAUGGUCAGUAUGAUGAACAUUGCAGCUAAAAGUACCAUUAUUUGAUAUGGUUGUUUU